CCCAUCUCCACAGGAGCAAAGGCUCCUGAUCCCAACAGGCAAGGAGAAGGUAGCAGCCAUGGUUGUGGUAGGGUUACCCUCUCUGGGACACAGGAGAAGAGCCCUUGCUGCCCAGGCACCAGAGCUGCUGGCUUAGCCCUGGAGGGGGAUGCCGAGCCAGACGGGGUCAAACACGACGGACAGCCUAGAGCUGCUCUCCAUCCCCGAGCACUCCAUUGCCCAGGAGGUGGUUGGCCUCUUCUGCAUGAUCCUGCUCACUCUCACUGCCCUGGUGGCAAACAUCGUGGUGAUGGUCAUCAUCCUCAAAACGCCCCUUUUCAGGAAGUUCAUCUUUGUCUGCCACCUCUGUGUGGUCAAUCUCCUCUCAGCCAUUUUCCUCAUGCCCCUGGGGAUCAUCUCCAGCUCCUCCUGUUUCAACUGGGUGAUCUACAGCAUUGCUGAGUGCAAGGCUGUGAUAUUCCUGAAUAUCUGCUUCAUCAGUGCCUCCAUUCUCACCAUUUCUAUCAUCAGCGUGGAGCGGUACUACUACAUUGUCCAUCCCUUGAGGUAUGAGGUCAAGAUGACCAUCAGGCUGGCAGUGGCUGGAGUGAUUUUCAUUUGGGUCAAGUCUGUUCUCAUCACUGUGUUGGCACUAGUGGCAUGGCCUCAUGGCAAUGGAGCCACCAGCGCCAGCCGCUGCACAGUCUACUGGAGCCCUGGGGCCCACAAGAAGGUUUUUGUGAUCCUCUUCAGCAUCACCUGCUUUAUUCUGCCCACCAUCAUCAUCCUCACCGUCUACUCCAGCAUCUACCGUGUGGCACGGACUGCGUCCCUGCAGCAGGCGCCUGUGCCGGCACAGGCAGUCGCACCCAGACCCCGAUGCGACUCUAUCGCCAGCCAGGUGACCAUCCUCACUGCCAGGAUCCUGAUGCUGCCCAGGCUGAUCCCAGAUCGCCUUCUGGGAAGCAACAAGGCCAUCCUCACCUUGGUGCUCAUUGUGGGACAGUUCUUGUGCUGCUGGCUACCUUUCUUUGCUUUCCACUUGCACUCCUCUGUCACUGUUGGCACUAUGGGUGCUGGGCAUGGGGAGAUGGCGGUCACCUGGAUUGCCUACUCCUCCUUUGCUGUUAAUCCUUUCUUCUAUGGGCUGCUGAACCGCCAAAUCCGUGAGGAGCUGGCCCGGCUCCGGCGCAGCUGUCUUAACCAUCCACUGGGUCAGGAGCUCUGUCUUUCCAUCUCAGAGGCUUCUGUUCAGGAAAACUUCUUGCAGUUCCUCCAGAGAGCAACUUGCACACUGGAGACCCACACCAGCUGCAUCAGCCCCAGCCCCAGGAACAGGCUGGACCAGACCACAAGAGGCUUCCCCACCCCAGGUCAAGUUCCCGAAGAGAGCAGCUGAGAAGGAGCCUCUGUCCCACUCUGGCAGUGA